UGCGCAGGCGUCCCAGGAAGCGCUGGGCCGAGCGGCGCUCCGCCCGGGUCCGCCUAGCCCGCAAGUAGCCCGGAGCGCGCGGUUCCGCUAGCGCCGAGUUCCGCGCGCGGGACGGAGGGGGCCGCAGAGGCGGGAGCCCUAGCUGCUAUGUCCAACGUGUUCAUUAUGAAGUUAUUAGUAAUACUCUUCCUUUGUGGACUUCUCACUAGCUGUAGAGGUAACUCUUCCUAUAGCUCGGCACCUCAGUUACUUCUGGUGUCCUUUGAUGGCUUUAGAGCUGACUACCUGAAGAACUAUGACCUUCCUCACCUCCAGAACUUUAUCAAAGAAGGUGUCUUGGUGGAACAUGUUAAAAAUGUUUUCAUCACAAAAACAUUUCCAAACCACUACAGCAUUGUGACAGGCUUAUAUGAGGAAAGCCAUGGCAUUGUCGCCAACUCCAUGUAUGAUGACGUCACAAAGAAGCAUUUCUCUGAAUCUAAUGAUAAGGAUCCAUUUUGGUGGAAUGGGGCAGUGCCAAUUUGGGUGACCAAUCAGCUUCAGGAAAACAGAUCAAGUGCUGCCGCUAUGUGGCCUGGUACUGAUGUGCCCAUUCACAAUAUCACGCCUUCUUAUUUUAUGAAUUACAGCAACUCAGUGCCCUUUGAGGAGAGACUAAAUAACAUUACCACGUGGCUCAGCAAUUCCAAUCCACCAGUCACCUUUGCAACGCUCUAUUGGGAAGAACCAGAUGCAAGCGGCCACAGAUAUGGGCCUGAAGAUAAAGAAAACAUGAGUAGGGUAUUGAAAGAAAUAGAUGACCUUAUUGGUGAUCUUGUCCUAAAACUCAAGGUGUUAGGACUGUGGGAAAACCUCAACGUGAUUAUCACAAGUGAUCAUGGGAUGACUCAGUGUUCUAAGAACAGAUUGAUAAAUUUGGAUUCUUGCAUCGACCGUUCAAACUACAGCGUUAUAGACCUAACCCCUGUAGCUGCGAUUCUUCCCAAAACAAAUGUAACAGAGCUUUAUGACAAACUGAAACACUGUAGCCUUCACAUGAACGUUUAUCUCAAAGAAGAUAUUCCUAACAGAUUUUACUACCAACAUAACGAUCGAAUUCAGCCUAUCAUUUUGGUUGCUGAUGAAGGCUGGACAAUUGUACUGAACAAGUCAUCAUUAAAACUAGGUGACCAUGGCUAUGACAAUUCUCUGCCUAGUAUGCAUCCGUUUCUUGCUGCCCAUGGUCCUGCUUUUAGAAAAGGUUACAAGCAGAGCACCAUUAAUACUGUGGAUAUUUACCCAAUGAUGUGCCACAUCCUGGGACUAAAACCACACCCCAAUAAUGGAACCUUCAGUCAUGCCAAGUGCUUGUUAGUGGACCAGUGGUGCAUUAAUCUCCCAGAAGCCAUUGGAAUUGUUAUUAGUGCCCUAUUGGUAUUAACCAUGCUAACAGGCCUCAUAAUAUUCAUGCAGAACCGGGUGUCUGCUUCCCGGCCGUUCUCCCGCCUUCAGCUGCAGGAAGAUGAUGAUGAUCCUUUAAUUGGGUAAAUCGCUAUGUCUUAUAAACUUAAAAACUAAGGAUCCACACAAGGAAUGGUGUUGUAGUCAUAAAAAGGUAUAUUUCAAAAGAUAAGACCGAAACAUGCUUAAACUACUCCGCCUUUUUUGUUUUGUUUUGGUGUGUGUGUAUUGUUUUGGUGUGUUGCCUGAUACAAAUAAACCUGACAGUACUAGUAUUUCUGGUAAAACUACCUGGUUUCCUAACAAGAAAUAACCUUUGAAAAAAUACUCUUUCUUUUUUUUUUUCCUAACUUCCUUCCUUCCCUCCUUUCCUCCUUCUCUCCCUCCCUCCCUUCCUCCCUCCUUCCCUCCUUCCUUUCUUUCUUUCUUUCUCCCUCCUUCCUUCUUUCCUUCCUUUUUCUUUUUCUUUUUUCUUUUGUUCAUUCUUCCUUCCUUUCUUUCUUUUCAAUAAAAAUAUAACUUUAAGUGAAAAUAUACCAGAAUUUAAUAGGCGUGCUUUUCUAACAAAUUUAUAUAUUUGUAAAUGACACAAAUAUUUCUGUAAUUUGUGAGUUUUGUGUAUCCUGGAGAAAAAGUUGUGUAUAUUUUUUAUAUUUGUCUUUAAUUGGUGUGUGUCCCAAGAAAACUUGAAGUAGGAAAUUUUGUGAUAGUUAAUAAAAUUGAUUAGCCACACAGCAUAACUAUAACAUACAAAGAAGUCAUUUAAGUGAAGCUGCUAAAAGCAGAACAAACCCACGGAAGACUAUGUAAUGUAAAGCCUGAGCUUGCUAUGACUCUUAAACUGUUGAUGCCCCAGAAGUUGUGUCUGUGGAGUUGACAUGGUGGUGUACACCUUUAAGUCAACUAGUUGGGAGCAUGAGGCAGAGGACCUUGAGACUGAGUCCAUCCUGGGUACAUAGCAAGACCUUGUGGUUUUGUUUAUUUGUCUGUUUAGUUACAUUUUUUGGGAUACUACUUUUAAGAAGUUUCAAAGAAAAUAGAGAAAAGUUUUUUGUGUUUAAUAUCUCUGGAUAAGUUGUGUGUGCAAGCGUGUUUAUGUGUAAGCGUGUUUAUGUGUGUGAAUGUGCAGAUGUCAUGUGACUUACAAAGGGGACUGGACACUGCCAGAGCACAGCUGACAGGAAAGGUUCAGCUCAAGGGAAAGGUUACUUCUUGCACAUCUUAUUUGUCUACUUUCACCAGCUCACAAGUUAAUACCCCAAUUUAAAACUCAUUGUUGUUACAAUUUUCAAUUCUCAUGUUUAUUGGAAGUAUUCAAAUGCUGUAGAAAAAAAUAUGACCUUAAUAUAAAGCUGAGAUAUUUUAAUGUGCCUUCUGUACAGUAGAGUGGUAAGAAAUGUGAAAUGUACUUUAGGGUCUCUUGUGGUCCCUUGGGUCAUGUGCUAAGGGCAGAGCAGCUGCAGCCCUUCACUGAGUCGUCCCAACACAGCGGGAACUGAGGAUCUGUGGAGAAGCUGGUCAUCAUCCCCUUGCUGGCUGCUUCCUUGGAACAGAACUAGUACAAUGAACAGCCUAUGAUGUCCGUCAGAGAAAAGACCAGUUAGUCAUAUUACUAGUGUGAUCUUUGACAUUGUGACAAUACAAAAUGAAGGUGGUUAUUGUUUUUCAGAUACAAGAUGGGUCUACAGCAAGUAUGCAGUGCUGUUAAACACUGCUGACCUGUGAUGAAAGUUGACACUUGUCUGUCAUCUUAGAUAUAGUGCAUUGGAUUGGCUCACUGCUGAUUUCCUAAAAUCUGAUAUCUGGUGCCCAUUGUAUUGGGGUUUUGAGAGGCAUUUCUGUACUGCAUAUGUAACUAUGCUCUUGUUCAUAAAGUGGCUCUUUUAGGGCCAGAUUAGGCUUGAUUUUGUUCCUAUAUGUUCUGAUGUAUUUUGUUAGAUGCACUAGUGAUGCAGAGGGAUAAAGAGUUGAUCAAAUGAAAUACUAGAGAAGUUCCUGCCUUCUUUAAUUUCAAUUAAAAAAUAGCAAAUGAACUGCCUAUUCACUUUGAAAAAUUAGUGGACAUUUUGAGCUGUCUGCCCACAGAGUAUUUCAUACUAGCUUGAAGAUGGCUCGGUUCCUUCAGUGCUGUGGACUCCAGUGACUUAGCUCGAUUGCAGCUUAUGCUUGGGGUCCACCUGUGACUGGAUUUUUAUGAAGGGUGGGAUGGGAUGCGAUGUCUUGUCAGUGUCAGCCCUUCCAACAGAUGUAUUUAUUUUAUAUUUUAUUCUGUUCUCAGAAUACUAGAACUAGGUAAAUUUUUAUAAAGUGCUUAUCCAGGAAACAAGAGUAGUAUUUAUUCAAUCAAACAGAUUAUCAUAUUGAACUUUAUGCUAAUCUGUUUGUAUCUUUGGGAAAAAAAUCACUGUUAAAGCUCAUGUCUCCUGUUUUCCUCCGAGAGAACCUUUUAGUAAAGCUAGCUUUUGACAUGGAGGUUUGUGUGCUUCCUGUUCAGGAGAAAGUAUUUGGCUUCAAGAAAUAUUUAGCUCUUGAUGAUAGUCCCCAAUAGGAAAGUGUUUUCCUGUGUAUUUCUGUUAAUUGCACUAGUCAUCUUAGCGUUAUGUACCUCAAUGUUCUAGUAGAGGGCCAGUCAUGUUGCUGUUAGCAGGAUAGCAUAGAUGCUCUUUUGUAAGAGCAAUGGGGUAUACCAGAGGCUUGCUAGCAGCGCUGUACAUUGGCUUCCUUUAAGAAUCCACAGGGAAAGCCUUGGAAUAUUAAAGGAUUGAAUCCCUUUGCACUGGGCUUGGGCUUUCCCUCUCAUUCCUACCUUGUAAACUUUAGGGAUGAUUGGCUUUAAAUUCCUUUUACGAAGAAUGGUUUAUCAUUGUUAAUUUAUGUUACAAACAAAGGACAAAGAUUAGGUGUAAAGUAUGUAUUUAUUGUCAGUUCUGAAACAGCAUGUACAUACACUGAGUAUACUUUAAGACAAUUUAUAGUGCCUUAAGUUAAAGGAAAUACAUUUUGACCAUAUUGUUUCAACUUGUAGCUAAUUACUUUGCCUAUGAUUAAAAUGUAUGAAAAUAAAGUCUACACAAACACA